AUGUAUCGGAAGUUGUCUAAGUUAGAACACUCGGAAAUAAAACAACUUCUUACAGAAGCUAAUAUAGAUGUUGCAAAGCAUUACACAACAAACAAAAAAGCACUCGCUGACUUCAUUAAAGACUACAAUGGUGCAAUAAGUUAUGAUAGAAUUCAUGAGUUCAUAAAGCCGCAACGCGGCGAGGACGAAGUCCAUGCAAGAGCAUUUCCUUUAAAUGACGUUGCUAUUGACUUAUAUCAUAGACGUUCAAUACCUCAUGAAGUAAGAAGAGAAAUGUUUGACAUAACAAAUGCAAACGUUGGUCAUACUCGUAAAGCUCUUUCACAUGACGUUCGUCAAGAGAUGUUUGACAUAACAAAUGCAAACGUUGGUGAAACAAGAAGAGCUGUACCACAUGAAGUAAGAAGAGAAAUGUUUGACAUAACAAAUGCAAACGUUGGUGAAACAAGAAGAGCUGUACCACAUGAAGUAAGAAGAGAAAUGUUUGACAUAACAAAUGCAAACGUUGGUGAAACACGAAAGAGAGAUGACACACUGAAACAACAGAGAAGAGAGAUGUUUAAAAGUGCUAUAGAACAAGUUCGCAAAGCUAACGAUGUCAUUCGUUCCAUUGACGACAAACCAAAAGAAGGUGAGAGAUGGUUAAAGAAAGAUGAAGAAAAUAGGAAGAGGAAUGUGAAGUCAGGCAAUAGACUCAUUGACUUUAACAUCGAAGCUUUAGAUGAACCAAACAGAGACUACUUACACAAACAUUUCGGUAAGGUUUUCAUGAGACUCUUAGAGAAAAUUAAAAUAAACUCCCAACAGAGAUGGAUGGUAUGUUAUAAACUUGGUGGAAAGUAUGAAUGUUCUACGUUAAACCUCAAUAAUAUUGGAACAUUACUACAUCAGCUCUUGAAGGAGAACUUUAUAUCAGAGAUAGAAGCAAAUGCUGCAGGUAUUGUUGAAAUGCACUAUGACUUCUUCUUGACAAACAUAAAGAAUCUUACCGAAAUAAAGAUGUAUGAUUUAACAGAAUAUGAAGGCUUAACGAUGUCAGAUGUAAAGAAAGGCAAACCAAAAAAGAGACCAUAUAGAGAUGAAAGCACACUGACAGAAAGACAGAAAAGAUUAUUGAACAGACUUAAACAAACAGGAGAUAAACAAGAUAUAGAUGACUUCUGGAAUGAAAUCCUUGGUGAAAAGAAG